GUCGCUCCGUGGAGCCGCGGUGCUGGGCAGGCGCAGGGCCGGACGGAAUGAACCGAUUCUGGAUGUCGCUCGUAGAGCUGAGUCCGUGACAUUGUUCAGUGCCGGUGGCCGAGAGUGGCCGCUGUUGGACAGUCCGGGCUGACCGUCAGCUUCACACGGCAGUGCCUGUAACUGCAGGCCCGGGGCUCGGUCUUUGUCGAUUUAGUCGUGGAAGACGUUGAAAGGAUUUGGAAGCAACAUGUCGAUCAUGGGCCUAAAGAAGAAACAACCCAAAACCUUCAAAGUUAAGGUUAUCACCAUGGAUGCAGAGAUGGAAUUUAGCUGUGAGGUGAAAUGGAAAGGGAAGGAUUUAUUUGACUUGGUGUGUCGAACAAUUGGAUUGCGUGAAACCUGGUUCUUCGGCCUGCGAUAUGUCGUAAAAGACACAUAUGCGUGGCUGAAAAUGGAGAAAAGGGUAUUGGAUCAAGAGGUUCCUAAAGAGGAUCCAAUCACAUUUCAUUUCUUGGCCAAAUUUUACCCAGAAAAAGUAGAAGAAGAACUUGUCCAGGAAAUCACACAGCACCUCUUCUUUCUGCAGGUUAAGAAGCAGAUUUUGGAUGAAGAGAUUUACUGUUCCCCCGAGGCUUCAGUGUUGUUGGCAUCUUAUGCAGUUCAAGCUAAGUAUGGAGACUAUGAUCCUAAUUUUCAUAAACCUGGCUUCCUGGCUCAGGAUGAACUAUUACCUAAAAGAGUCCUUAAGCAAUAUCAAAUGACAGCAGAUAUGUGGGAAGAAAAAAUAACAGCUUGGUAUGCUGAGCACAGGGGAAUCACCAGAGAUGAAGCUGAAAUGGAAUAUUUGAAGAUUGCACAAGACCUAGAAAUGUAUGGAGUAAACUAUUUCCCGAUCACACAAAACAAAAAGGAUACAGACUUACUGCUUGGAGUUGAUGCACUUGGCCUUCAUAUCUACAUCCCUGAUAACAAACUUUCAUCAAAGAAGUCAUUUGCAUGGAGUGGGAUCAGAAACAUUUCCUAUAGUGAGAAAGAGUUUACUAUCAAACCUUUAGACAAAAAGGCAGAGGUUUUCAAAUUCUACUCCUCACAACUCCGAGUGAACAAACUGAUAUUACAGUUGUGUAUUGGAAACCAUGACCUGUUCAUGAGAAGAAGAAAAGUAGAUUCAAUUGAAGUCCAACAAAUGAAAGCUCAAGCUAGAGAAGAAAAAGCUAGAAAAAAGAUGGAACGCCAAAGAUUGGCCAGAGAAAAAAAGUUGAGGGAGGAGGCUGAACGAGCAAAGGAAGAUCUGGAGAGACGCCUUUACCAGUUACAGGAUGAGUCAAGGCUGGCCAAUGAAGCCCUGAUCCGAUCUGAGGAGACAGCUGAUUUACUUGCUGAGAAGGCACAGAUCGCAGAGGAGGAAGCCAAGCUGCUUGCUCAGAAGGCUGCAGAAGCCGAGCAGGAGAGGCAUAGGCUGGAGGUCACAGCCCUGAAGACUAAAGAGGAAAAACGUCUAAUUGAACAGAAGAUGCGAGAAGCUGAGCUGAUAGCUGUCAAGUUAGUGGAAGAUUCGGAGCGGAGAUCCAAGGAAGCAGAACAACUGAAGCAGGAUUUAAAUGAAGCCAGAGAGGCAGAGAGAAGAGCCAAGCACAGACUGUUGGAGAUUACAAAACCCAGUUAUCCAACGACCACUUCAUAUUCUGCUCAUCCACCAGCUGAUGUUGGUGAUCUGAACCUGGAAUCUGGAUCUUUUAAAUUUGACUUCAAAGACACAGAUAUGAAGCGACUCUCUAUGGAGAUAGAACGAGAACGUGUGGAGUACAUGGAGAAAAGCAAACACUUGCAAGAACAACUGAAGGAGCUAAAGACUGAGAUUGAAGCUCUGAAACUGGAAGAACGACAUGCUAACAUGGGUAUCUCUACCAAUGAAACAAUGAAAUUUGAUGAAAAUACUUACUCACCACUCAGUAAUCUUAAUCUGCAAAGUGUGACUGCCAAGACGCAAGUGGCCUUUCUAGAAGAACUAUAAUAUUAUUGAUAUUUGACUGUCCAGCCUGGGAAGUGGAAUUUGAUAAUGAUCUUUCUGCACUCCAGAGCCAUCACACAAUAAAAAGGCUGGAUUUAGCAAUGUGUUCUUAAUGAAUUUCAGCUGCUACUUUUAUCGGGGUUAUUGAUACUGCUUCAGUAUAUGCAAAUACAACCCACUUGAACACAAAGACAUAUUUUAGCCGUUCAGAAAACUACAUCGGAAUUGUGCUUACAAUUCCCAGUUUUAACACUAAACAUAGUCCCAUUUGCUGUUUACUUUAAAAAGCAGCAACUGUAUGCUGUCAAUGGUUCACUAAUUAAAUAGUUUACUCAACCGAAGCACGUCAGUAGCUUUUAAUCACUAUUUUCAUUGCUCUUCAUAUCUUUAUUUUUGUUACUGCACAAUAUCAUACUUUGUGUUUGAAUUGUUAAGUGUCCAGCUUUUUAUUUCAAAGAUGUUCAUCAGUUUAUACACUAUUAUGGUUAUUUCACAAUGCUUUGGUUGUUCUUUAUUAUUUAUGUUUAGAUUUUUUCUGGAUAAAUGUUUUAUACAGUCGUUGCAAGUAUAUAAUCACAACAAUUUAUUGGCUGCAUUCAAUUCAGUGACUAUUAGCUGUUGGAAUUCUAGUGCUUGUGAUAGGGAGGAUAUUAUGGCAUUUUUGUACUGUCACUAGACGAAGAGUUCAUAGACCCAGGCUAAUGUUCUGAGGAUGUGUUUAAAUCUCACCUUGGAAUCUGGUGGAAUUUAAACUCAGUUUAUAAAACAGAUCUCGGGAAUGAUGAUUCUUAAAUGCCCUUUGCAAUACCCAAGCAAACCUUUCAGUUCAAGGGCAGUUCAGGUUGGGCAACAAAUCUGGCCUUCCCAGUGACCCCAAAUCCCAUGAAAGAAUAACAUAGAACAGUACAGCACAGAACAGGCCCUUCAGCCCACAAUGUUGUGCCGACCAUUGAUCCUCAUGUAUGCACCCUCAAAUUUCUGUGACCAUAUACAUGUCCAGCAGUCUCUUAAAUGACCCCAAUGACCUUGCUUCCACAACUGCUGCUGGCAACGCAUUCCAUGCUCUCACAACUCUCUGCGUAAAGAACCUGCCUCUGACAUCCCCUCGAUACUUUCCACCAACCAGCUUAAAACUAUGACCCCUCGUGCUAGCCAUUUCUGCCCUGGGAAAUAGUCUCUGGCUAUCAACUCUAUCUAUGCCUCUCAUUAUCUUGUAUACCUCAAUUAGGUCCCCUCUCCUCCUCCAUUUCUCCAAUGAAAAGAGACCGAGCUCAGUCAACCUCUCUUCAUAAGAUAAGCCCUCCAGUCCAGGCAGCAUCCUGGUAAACCUCCUCUGAACCCUCUCCAAAGCAUCCACAUCUUUCCUAUAAUACGGCGACCAGAACUGGACGC